UGCAUUAUUCGUGUGUUUGCAGCUCAUUUUCACCGUUUCUGGCGUGUUCAGCUGUUUGCUGUACUUUUGCACCUGUCAGCCACCGUUAAAUGGGGCAUCCUUUCUCAAACAAAAGAUGGGACACAUGUGCUGUCGUCGGGAAUGGUGGGAUCCUGGCAAACAGCAACUGUGGAGAAAUGAUCAACUCAGCUGAGUUUGUUAUCAGAUGCAACCUACCUCCUUUGUCAGAUGGAUAUGAGAAACAUGUUGGUACCAAGACAGACCUUGUGACUGCAAACCCAACAAUCUUCUUUAAAAAGUUUGAGUCUCUUGUAGGACGCCGACGUCCACUAAUGGAAAAGCUGAGCAGCUACGGCAACUCGAUGGUGCUCCUUCCUGCCUUCUCCUUUGGAAUGAACACAGCUGUAUGUAUGCGGGCUCUUUACACCAUCCAGGACUUUCAAAGUGCCAUCCAACCUGUUUUCUUCAACCCUGAGUACCUCUAUAAACUCUCUCUCUUUUGGCGCUCACACGGGCUGAAAGAAGCACGGCUCAGCACUGGAGUCAUGAUGACAAGCCUGGCUUUGGAGCUCUGUGACAAUGUGCAUCUUUACGGGUUUUGGCCCUUCAGUGUUCAUCCAUACAGCUUCAAGAACCUGACCAACCACUAUUAUGAUGACAUGAAGCCAAAUACAAAUUUUCACUCCAUGCCAGUUGAGUUUAACAUUUUGUUGCAGCUACACAAACAGGGUGUGCUACGCCUACACCUUGGCGAGUGUAAGCCAAAUGAUUACUAAUCACGUAAGGGAUAAAGAGUCUUUGCUUGGUGAUGACAGGAUGCAAAUGAUUGACACACUUAAUCCUUUUUGAAGAAGGGACUGUGCCUAGUGCAAAUAUUGAAAAACAUUUUCUAGGCUUGUUAAACUACCAUAACAUACAAUGUAUUCUUCAAAAGAGGUAAGGUCUGUUUAUAUUGAUAAUAAUUGACAAAAACAGCAAAUAAGAACCAACCUGCCCAAUAGCUUUCUUAAGGUGUUUGAGAUUUACAAAAGAGGCUGCACAGAAAAGGGUAUUCCAUUUGAUUUAACAACACUAAUAACUAAUGACAUCUCAGUACCAGAAGUAAUAAAAUGUGCUGUCAAUGCACCCAGGAGGAAAUGUAGAUGUUCCAUUGAUUUCUCCAUGUAGAAUAAACAGAGGAGGUGGCAGCUAUGUGUUACUAAUUAUUAAGCUGCCCUGACAGACAAAACAUAUGAAAUUAACAUCUGGUUUUAACCACAUGUGAAGUUACACAUGUUGUAAUCACAUGUGAAACACAGCUUUUGCAUAUUAGCCACAUGUGGAUGUUGAACAUUUUGAUGUUGUGAAAGCCCGAGUGGAGCAGACGAAAGUGAUGCAGGAGAGGCUGUGCACUUUGAAGGGGAGAGACAGAAUCAGGCUUACGCCUUAAUUUAACCGCGUCGCCAACUCCAUCGUCCGUCUGAACGUGUAUGACUUCAUGGGAGUUGCCAGAAGAAAGCCUCUUCUCUUUAAAUAAUGAACAUGGCAACGCAAUCAGUUUGCAAGGCUGCAACUAAAUGAGCCACAACCACAAUGUAGAGUGCUAUGCAACUGCCAAUGCUUGACCCAAAUUAAACAGGACAAUAAUGUCAAAUGUAGCAUCAGAUUGACAGCAGAGUGGAUAAAAAACAAAUAAAUAAAGCUGUUGUGAUGGACCAGUCAAAGUCCAGACCUUAACCUGAUUAAAUUGCUGCAACAAGACCUUGAGAAAGAUGUGCAGAAAUAAACAGACGAACCUCAACAAACUAAAAUAAUGUUGUAAGGAGAAUGGGCUAAAAAUCCUCUUUAAAAUGUGAGACACUAAAUGUUAAACAGACAGUGACUACUGAGAGUUACUGGUGUUAAACAUAGUUUAAGCUGUUGAAACACGGGAAGUUUGUUGUAAUAAGAAUGCACAAACAGGUAUUUUGAAUCAUUGUUAUUGUAAGUCUGCAGUCAGUCCUGUCUUUUAGUUACUAAUUAUAACUUUUCAAAUCACAGUUAUUGUAUUUUCAAGGUGGCCCAUUGCCCUGGGUUGAGCAUUUUCAAUGAAACCACUUUCACACUGACUAGGAAACUUCUUUAGACAUUUUUCCAUAACAAAGCUUUUAACCUGUUUAAACAAAGUGUAACUUAGUUAAGAAAAAUGUUUGUAAUUAGAAAAACUGAUAGUAAUGAAUGUAUUUUCCACAAACAAAUAGUAAAGCAGGUUAAAUAUGGAGACUUCAAAGGUAUGAGGGGCUUUGUCUGCAUUGUACAGCUCCCCACAGCUGGUAAUACACAUGUACUGGCGCAGUUGUAAAUUAAUAAAUGCAAUAUUUACAGCCUGAAGUAAGAAAAUAUGAUCAUGAAGAGACAAUUUAAGAGCAAAAUUUUGUUCACGAGAGUUUUUUUUUUGCAACAGUUUUUUCAACUUUUGUCAGAUCUUACUAAUUUUCAUGUUUGCACAUUACUUUUCUGUGUACCACACCUGAUUGGUAUCAGUAGCUGAAAUGACACAACCAGUUUUAUGGACAUCUCGGUCUGAUGAUUACUCUGUACUCUGAAGUCAUAAAUUCUUACUUUCAGGUGAGAAAUUCAAACAGAGCAAUGGCAAUAGUAGGUAAUAACCCCACUAAUAGUCUUACUCUGAGAUCCCAGUACAGCCUAAAGAUCAAACUCCAAUAUGAUUGUCACAUCAACGUAUCAACUCUGACAAGUCUCCUGCUUGUAAUGACACUUUUGUAAAUCCAUCUGCUGGAGUUCACGUAGUACUGCUGAAUUCACUUUGGAUGUCAGUUCUGUUGGCAAGGAGUGACAAGAAUGGCUGUUGAGGAAUUUCAUGAAUCAAACUAAAACAAAACCUCAUCAUACCAGAAAUCACAUCACACCCAGGUACAUGUAUUAAUCAGUGUUCUUACUGGCAUUUCAACUGUUUUUUUUAUAUGCCCCAUGACUAAAUUAAAAAGGCUUCAAUGCCUUUGUUUAUUCUGUCAUCGUAUUUAAAGAACAGGCAUGUCAAAAUGUCCUGACACUGACAAAUCAUCUGAAAAGGCUAUGGUAUUGUCCUUCACCUUUCUUUUGGUUUACAUGUUUCUGUUCUAGACUAAGGAACAGUUAAAACACAGUUGUGACGCAAGAUCUUGAACAUACUACUUUAUUUAGAAUCAGAACUACAACCAAAUUGAGAAAAAAACUCUCUGGUCGGUGCAUGAGCAAUAAAUAGUUUAUGUAAAUAGAAAAAUAAAAGCAGUUGUUAAAAGAAUAAAAUAAAAACAUUGGAAACACAGCACAUGUACACAUUCAUACUA